AUGGGGUUCUUCUACCUUGGCAACUUCAUUGCUCUCAUCGGCAUCCUUUUGGUCAGUCCGACAGCAACUUCAGGCGCAGCUGUUGCUGCUGCACCUCAAGCAGAUAGCAACGGCAUUUGUUACAAAUAUGUUGUUCAGGCUGGUGAAACUUGUUCUGCAAUUGCUCAAGCACACUCCAUCACCACGGCUAAUAUCGAAACCUACAACGCUCGAAGCUGGGCAUGGCCUGGAUGCGGACAGAUAUCGCAGGGCUCUUUUAUCUGCCUCAGUCCUGGAGAGCCUCCAAUGCCAGUUGCGCUUCCAAAUGCUGUUUGUGGCCCCCAAGUGCCUGGAACAGCACGCCCCAACAGCUGGUCUGACCUUGGGUCUUUGAAUCCAUGUGCAGCCAAUGAAUGUUGCUCUUCGUGGGGUCUUUGUGGAACCACUUCGGACUUUUGCACUUCUGGGGCCCAUGCCACUACUGCAUUAUAUUCAGCCACAUCGAAAAAGACUACCACUUCUAUUAGCACAACUAAACCUAUUCAUCAACAUGUUGCUAGCAUUGAGACUUCAUCCACUAGCAAGGCCACAUCGACCAAGACAACCAACACUAAAACAGCCAAAAAGCCACCUGUUAAAUCAUGGGUACUCAAAAUGUACACCAAGAAGAACUGCGCGGGUGACUACUACAUACUGAAAGGACACAAUGUGGGCUACGAUAAUGUCUGCUUGGACCUACAUGGAGGUCUAAGCAGCAAGGACACAGACACAGAUGUUUCUUGCAAAUGGUUUACAAACAACGGAAAAUCCACCUCUGCUUGUGAUACCAGCACCCUCGAGAGACCUCAAUCCUGGACAGUUGAGACUGGUAUCUGCACUAUAUACGAGACAAAAAAGUGUAAAUCUAGCCUGUAUGCUAAUGCUUAUACGCCUGGGUUGAAUUCUCCUUGUCAGAAUCGGGAUAAAUUUGAUACGCCGAAGUUUCUUUCUAUGAAUUGUUAUACUGAGGGUUGA